CGUCACCUUCCAUUUUCGACACCAUGGCAGCAAUAGAAGAACCGCAAUUCUGGCAGGCGAUUGGAAUACUGAUCCAAAACUAUCAUGCCCUGAACAAAAAGAUAUUCGAGGCAGUCAUUACCCAAGUGGAGAAGCGGCAGGAUGGACGACUGAGUGACUCCAGCGAAGAGGAACUGGAGAAGUCUCUAAAGGAUGACCCAGGCAAGCGCACGUGCACUGGUUUCAAGAUUGGAUUCAAACUGCUGCCCAAGAAGCUGCCAGAGAACAUCUUGGGCACCGGAACUAUAGACUUUGUAAAGUGCCUGUACGAGUGCCAGUUUGCCAGCGACGCCAUAGAAGACUUCUCAGUGCGCCUUCUCGAAGGACAGCUUCUAUUGGAGUCCGAACAGAAAACCAACUGGUUGGAGUUUGUCCUUAAACCCAAGCUCCUCAGCUGGUCCCAGGCCAAACAGGAUGAAGCCAAAGUUAAAUCACUGGGCUUGGUAAACGUGGAAACGUACAAUGAUAUGUACAAGGAGUUGAAACGAAAGCACUCAAAGCGUCUGAUUGACCUUUGGAAAACCGCCCAAGAGUCCACGGAUCCAUUGAAGUUUAUCUACGAGGAUUUGGCCAUCGCCGCAUAUCUCAUUGCUUUCUGGCGUACAACCGAAACAUAUCCCACGGCCUUCGCAGACUUGGGUUGCGGAAAUGGUCUUCUGGUGCAUGUCCUCAACGCCGAAGGCUUCAAGGGCUACGGCUACGAUAUAAGGAAGCGAAAGCUAUGGUCUCUCUAUCCGCCGGACACUCAACAGAGCCUUAUCGAGAAGACAGUGGAGCCUAACAACUUCCGCUUGGAUUUUCCGGAUGUGAAUUGGUUAAUUGGCAAUCAUUCGGAUGAACUGUCGCCCUGGAUUCCGGUUUUGGCUGGUCGUUUGAACAUGUGCUAUUUUCUGAUACCCUGCUGUCCUUAUGAACUUUCGGGAGCCAAGUUUCGCAGACGAAAUACGAAAGUAAGUGCCUACCAGGACUUCUUUAAAUAUGUCAAAAAGGUCUCCCGGGAAUGCGGGUUUCCCCUGGUCAUGCAAGACCGCCUCAAAAUUCCAAGCACCAAGCGAUUGGCUCUGAUAGGAAUCAAAAGAAGACCAACAAAAGCUAUUGAGGACAUGGAGUACUUUGUCCAGGAGGAGCUAAGGAAGUACAAAACAGGAGAGGCCGAAAUUAAGCUACGCGAAAAGCAGGAAAGUGUUCGCAACUGCACACAGGUGGACAAAUCCAUUAUCGAUGCUCUGGUGCUGAAAAUCUUCAAACAACUCCUGGCUGCCAAUGAAGAUAAGUGGUCAGGUCGUCUGCCCAUGCGAGAGAUCGCCCAGAGCCUCACCAAAGAAGAACUCAGUGGCAUCAAAUCCGAGUGCGGCGGAAUCAAAACGUUGCUGAGAAAUAAACACGAAGUAUUUGAGUUUUGCGGUGGCGAUCUUAUAGGAAUAAGAACUCCCAAGCCAAUGUCCGAUGGUCCUGUUCUCCGAUCCCGUGUGACCAUCAAAAAGCGAAGCUGCUUCUUUAAGCUCCAUCACCCGCUGGGAUGUCCUCUUGAAGAUGCAGUGUGCUCCUUUAUACAUUAACCUUACUUGUUAUGAGUGUGGCCCUCGCUCACGUUUAUUGUUUGGAUUAUAAUAUAAAGAGAAGUGCAUAA